GCGGGAUAACACCUUUCUUCUGCAAGCCAAAGAAACUGUGGACAAGGACGAGGACUACUGCAUUGCAUAGCGAAAUGAUCAUUUUUCCAAAUCUCCACACGGUUGAGACUGGUGUGGAUGCAAACUAGCAUGCGGAGUUUAGUGUGCAGACACGGCGCCAUGAUUCGGACCUAGAUUAUUUGUGCAUCAAGGCCCGUGCCUGCAUAGCACAAGUCAAAAUGCAAUGCAAUAGCUAUGUUUGCAUGCCAUGUCUUACCAAAGCUGCAUGUCCCUCUUUAUUAAUGCUCGUACCCAUCCAGAGCAAGUUGGGGUAUCCAUGUGGUCCAAGCAGGAGAAGACGGCGAAAGAAUAGGUGCUCGGAGUGUUGGCAGAAUGGCUUAUAAGGAGGCACGAUUCCCCCCAAAAUCCUGAGGCAAUCAAGAAAACCGAGCAAAACUAUUUCCUUAUUCCAACACAUUUGUCACUAUAUCUUUAUCGAUCACAAUGCCCAAACCCACAAUGUCUAACGGCACCAAAGCUCCUCCCCCUUCACCUCUUCGCCCCCAAAUACCUCCAGGUAGCCCUAACCACGCAAACCCUCCGCAGCCCGUUACAAUGGAACAGCUGCAAGAACUUUUCAUGGAUGUUCUUUGUCAAGCCAAGCAGUCAUCAGAUUCUUCAACACCAAUCGAAGAUACGGAGUAUUCAUCUUCAGAUCAAAAACCUGGCUAUGAUCACCCAUGCACUCGCCACUGUCCGUGGAGAGCGUGUGUCUUACAACCAUCUGGAGCAGGCCGUGGCAUCGAACGAGGAAUUCGCCCGCGCAUUCAAUCGCACGGGGCCUCUCGAGACCAUGUACAAUUAGGAUACGGUGUCGACCCCAUGACCGCAGAAGCACGUACUUGCAUCUCAGCCUUAUUUGUAGAAUGAUUGAACGAGCAAGUUGCGAAAUCCUCGGGCGUGUGGUUUGUUUGCAAACGAGGUGUCCACAAGUUCGUGGAGUCAAGAUCGUGGAGACUGUUCGUCGAGUAUCCAAGCAUGCGGUGGCAUGAGAUGAAUUUGUUCUUUUUCAUAUUUCUUUCCCAUAUUUCUCUCUCAAUAACUGUAUCUAAUGACAAAGCGGCUGGAAUAACGCUGAAUCUCAUGAAUUGUGUUCUUUGUAAAUCGAAUUUCUAGCCGCACAUCAACGGGAAGCGUAGAGGACGUUCUGUAUUGUAGGCACCGUUUCUAUCUCACCUGGCCCGGGCUGGCUCUAUACAUCCUCAAGUAAUCUCUGAACCAGUUCCUAUCUCAUUAAAAUCC